AUGGCCAAGACUGGCGUGUUUGAUUCUGAUCCGGCUAUGGUGGCCAAAGCCACAGAAUUGAAGAAGGAGCUGCAGAGGCUGGUGAGGGCUAUUGUUGACGACGAGGAUUUCAGCACCCAAACAAUCGAUCAGGCCAAAGACACUCUCUCGGCUCUCAAGGAAUUGAAAUUCAAAAAGAGAUCGCUGUCUCUGAAGCUGAAUGAUGUUCUUUCUUGCCCUGAAGAGUUUCGAUGUCCACUUUCCAAGGAGUUGAUGAGAGACCCUGUGAUUGUUUCUACAGGCGAGACAUAUGAUAGACCAUUCAUCCAAAAAGGGCUAAAGGCGGGCAACAGGAUAUGCCCUCGAACCCAACAAGUACUCUCACACACAAUCCUUACUCCCAAUCACUUGGUUCGUGAAAUGAUAUCGCAAUGGUGUAAGAAUAGAGGGAUUGAAUUGUCGGAUCCUGUUCUCCUUGUCAAUGAGGAUGGUAUAACAGAAUCGGAACGAGACCAUUUUCUUUCUUUGCUCCAGAAGAUGUCUUCUGUAUUGCCUGAGCAGAAAGAAGCUGCAAAGGAGCUUCGGUCGUUGACAAAGAGGAUGCCUUCUUUCCGGGCACUUUUUGGCGAGUCUAUACAUGCCAUCCCUCAACUGCUCAGUCCACUAUCUGAAGGCAAGUUUGAAGAUGGUAUUCACCCGGAACUCCAAGAAGACGUGAUCACAACGCUCUUGAAUCUUUCAAUCCAUGACAACAACAAGAAGCUUGUGGCAGAAAGUCCUAUGGUAAUUCCUUUACUAAUUGAAGCAUUGCAAUCAGGAACCAUUCAAACAAGGAGCAAUGCAGCGGCAGCCCUUUUCACUUUGUCAGCUCUGGAUUCCAACAAGGCACUUAUUGGGAAAUCCGGUGCCCUAAAACCCCUCAUCGCCCUCCUAGAUGAGGGGCAUCCAUUAGCUAUGAAAGAUGUUGCUUCUGCAAUUUUCAACCUAUGCAUCACCCAUGAGAACAAGGCAAGAGCUGUGAGAGACGGGGCAGUGAAGACGAUUCUGAAGAAGAUAAGAAACCGUAUGCACGUUGAUGAGUUGUUGGCCAUCCUUGCAAUGCUAUCAAGCCAUCCCAAGGCUGUGGAGGAAAUGGGAGACCUUGGAGCCGUUCCUUGCUUGCUCUGUGUUAUCAGGGAGACCAAUUGCGGACGCAACAAGGAGAAUUGCAUUGCAGUCCUUCACACAAUCUGUUUAAACGAUCGAACCAAGUGGAAGGAAAUUCGGGAAGAAGAGAACAUGUACGGAACAAUAUCUGAGCUAGCACAGAAUGGGACUUCAAGAUCUAAGAGGAAAGCUAGUGGCAUUCUUGAUAGACUGAACAGGACUGUAAAUCUCACACAUACUGCAUGA